AUGUCCGUACCAGGCCGGGCCAUCCUCGACCCAGCAGCCGCCCCUUUUUUCUCUCUCUGGGUUGCCCCCGCGCUCUCGGGGGGAUCCGGCGGACGCUCGGCAGAUCGCGUGUGACCGCACAAAAACAGUACGAUUCUGUGCGCGGAUUUCGCGCACAACAUGCUGAUAUAAUUUUAAUUCUGAUACCGAUUUGUUGCCCUCAUUCUAUGGAAUUUUUUGUCAUCAUUUCGAAUUUGAUGACAUUUUUAAAUUUUUUUCAUAUUUCGAUGCUAAUUUUGCUGUUUGUUUCGAAAUUCUUAUGUCGCCGAACGCCGCGUUUAUUGUCUGGGCCUUUCCGAGGGAGUGCGCGAGGUUUUCCGAUCGCUUCUUUCACCUUUCUGGCCUCCACGUUCUUUUUUCUACGAACGCCGCGACGCUUUCCACUUUUUAUUGGGGGGUUUCUGAAAAAUGUUUUAUUUUCUUGACUUUAUUUUGCAAAACAUUCUUCGUACUUCAAAUUCCCUGUAUUCCCCGGGUUUCGUUACCGUUUGGCCAAUCGAUUUUCGCGUCGCGUCUUUCCUCAAACGACCUUAGCGUUGAGCGCACUAGUUCUGCACUUUUGCCCCUUCCUCCGCCCCGCUCUCGCUUCAGAUUUUCCACGCGUUCUGAGCGUUGCGCAAGAGCGCCUUGGGCGAAAGUUUGAAACGUUUUUAUUCCUGGCUGAGUCAGGGGAUUCGUCGACCUUCAACGGAUUCCUUGAAGGUCGCCGCGACUGAUUUUUUCGCGAAAAACAGCCGAGUUGGUUGUCGGUGUGAAACGCGCAAAAAUCGGGAUGACGGGAGCCUUCUGUCGCGCCCAGGUUUCUGGUCCUUUCUUCCGCACUUUCGACCUUGGAAGGCACGCAGUUUUCUGUAGGCUUUACAGCUUUGGGGGAAUUUACUGUCUGCUUUUUAUUCCAGUUAUUUUCAAAUUGAUAGUAGAUUUGUUACUGGAAACAAAUUCGAUUAAACUUUGCUCUUUCCACUUUCCUUUUCACUUUCACUUGUCGCCAUUUCUUGCCAGAUCAUUUGCAUUUUCGGCAUUUUUUUUGAAUAGGCGCCGAACGCGAGAGAUCCGAGCCCUUUCCAGACAUUACGCAUUACUUUCACUUUCAGAAACAAAUCAAGGAAAGUGUCGUGAUCCCUUGAUUGCCCCUGUCGUUUCACGACACAACUUCUGGAAGUCAGAGAGGAUUUAUGGCGAAUAAUCGAAGGACCCAAUUCCGAGACGAGACCGGCUUCAGCGAUCCGUUGAGCAACUGCGAGAACUUCAACCUGUUGCAGUUCAUCAACAGCAACGGCGAUCCGAUUGCUGAGAAUCCGGCGAACGCCUACGGCCAGCAAUUCCAUCAGCCGCAGCCUCAAAUGCAGCAUCAGCAACCCCUGCGGCAUGUCCAACAGCCGGUCUGUUUGGACAAUGCGAUGAUGGCCAACGGAUAUCCGAACUCGGUGCAGACUAAACUCCCGGACUCCCCGCCAAUCACCGACAUCUCAGCUGGAGCGUCGAGUGGAUCACCGAGUUCGGAAGCUCCUUAUUCCCCGGAUCAGCAGUAUCCUCAAUACCAAUUCCAACCACAACAUCCGCAGAUGGAUAAUCGGAUGCCACAGAUGAGGAUUCAGGAUCCGAAUCUGGUUCAACAACAACUCCAGCGAAGUCAGGUGUCCCCAAACUCUGAUUACAUGAGCUACACAUCUCACACAUCCCCUACUCAACUCUCACCUCAGCAAUUGAAUCAUAAUCAGAACUUCCUUCCACAACAACAACAUCUCGGCUUUACGAUGGACAUGUAUUUGAAUGAUAACAUUGGAGAUUUUAAUGGUAUUUUCGAAACGGAUCCCAACGCCCGUGCCGGUCAGAAACGGAAGAGAGUGGACCCUGUUCUCACUCAAAUUAAACAUGAACAGUUUAUUAAUCCCUCGCAGACGCCGAUGCCAAUGAGUCAGAUGAUCAGCUCCAGCUCUUCCUCAACUCAUUCCGGAUCGGUGGAAGACUUCGAUGACGGCCCGCGACAAAAGACCAUUCGAUUCCAACAGUUCGACACUGCCAAUUGGGCUCCAUUAUUCAACGAGAGUCGACAACAAAUCCCGCAUCCACAAGUCCACGUCAUCGCGGAUAAAGGAUUUGCCUACAGUCCGAAGGAAUGCUGCUUUAUCAACCAAAAGAAGAACCACUUCCAGAUCACCUGUCAUGUGGAUGUCAAGGAUCGGCCGGUUUAUGUCUUCCAUGACAAGCAGAUGAAGCCGAUCCGACGCUACAGACUGCUAUUCUACGGAACCAAGGCCGAGAUGACGUCAUAUGAGAUUGAAAUCCGCCAAUCUCAAGCCGACCGAAAGCCCAUCAAAUACGAUGGAGACGAGAUUGAACUGAAUAAUAAUACAGUAACCAAGAAGACUGUCUGCCGAUUACAUUUCUCAAAGUGCACAGACAACAACAAUCGGAAAAGCAACAAGAAACAGCUGAAUCCGGACCAGAAGUACUUUAUGUUAAUGGUCAAAUUCAUCGCAGAAGUCGACAAUGGAAGCAUUCAGAUGCAGGCCUACUGUUCUGAUCGUGUUAUUGUCAGAGCCUCGAAUCCGGCACAAUUCGCAGAACCUGAGAUUGAUGCCGGCUGGAAACAGAAUGGAAGUCUCUUGCAUUACAAUGGCCAAGUCGCCGUGGGAACCGACUCCCCAUUCGCGGAAGCUCAACUUUCUGUUAUGGGUAAUCUUGUAGCCACCGGAAGCACGACAAGGCCGUCUGAUCGGCGCGUCAAAGAAGAUAUUGUCCCAGUGGACACUCGAGAAGCCAUGGAAAGGAUCAAUCGGAUGAGGAUUGUGGAGUAUUCUUAUAAACCUGAACUGGCCGAACAAUGGGGACUCUCGGAAGCUGAUCGUCAUCGAGUGGGUGUCAUCGCUCAAGAAUUGGCUGAGGUCUUACCCGAUGCCGUGAAGGAAAACGGAGAACUUUACACUGUGGAUGAGACCAGAAUCUUCUAUGAAGGAUUUGCGGCAGCGCAAGAACUGAGUCGUCUUUAUGGCCAUCUCGAUGGUCGUGUGGACAAGGUUCAACAGAUUGCUGAACUCUUGGCCAAGGAUGCCAGACGGCGUCGUCAUCUUGGCGCUUCAAUGGCUUCAGGCCUUUCUGGAUUGACCCAAUUGGUCGGGAAAGAUUCUGGAAAGAAGUUGAACGAUUCCAAGAUGUUGAGUCAAUCACAGUAUUCGAUCACUUCUUCAUGUCCAUCCUUCGAUGGUGUCAGCCAAAUCGGGUCUGCCAGUCAAGCUGGAUAUAAAUACAAGAAGUACCGAAAGGGGAGCGCCCGAGAUCCUUCGAUUUGCGGAUCCAAGAUGACCCAAUGCACGAUGAUUGCGCUAGUCUCAAUUAUGUCGUUAUGGUAAGUCAUCGUCCUUUCUUUCUUUUUUCAAAACCCUUAAAGGUUGUAUCUUUUACUGAUCAAAUCAUUUUUAGCCUCGUUACCAUGUGCACAUUAUAUGUUCUCGAUUGGUAUAACCGAACAUACGUCUACACACCUCACUCGUUCCCCAGAAACCCACCAACCUCACCUCCAGUCCUCAUGGAUAACAUAAUUGAUCUCACGAAUAAGGAAUGGUCCCCUCCGGACCAAACUCUCAUCAAUUCAUUGCUUGGAACAUGUGCCGCAAGUGGAAUGUACUGCCCGAAAUAUUGUUGUGCAUCAUCUUCAGUCUACAAUGUCACGGAACGAGAAGAACGAUCGAUUGAUAGCUUCGUGGGUUUAGCCAAUCCGAAAAAGAAGGUCCAGGAAAGGAUAAGCUACAAGUCGAACAGUUGGGGAACACCAAAACCAUUUGGAAAUGGGGUUGAGAUCAAGUUGACUGAUUUGAAUGUGGUCUUGGAUGAUAGAUAUUGCGUGGAAGGAAGUUGUGUCCCCAGGAAAGGAAGAUACAACUUGUACAUCCCGGUUAGCUCCUACAUGCCCACAAUGAAUCUUCAUGUCUCUUUAACGUGAGUUUACGGGCUGUUUUAAAGAUUAUUUAUCGUUUACACCUUAUAAUGAAUUUAUUUUUUAGGAUACCGAAAGGAAUGUUUGUGGAUAAUUGUGGAGCGCUAAAAGAAUUCCAACACAAGUCUUGUGAGUUCGAGAAUAACGACGAGGACUCUUCUAUCCAGCCGGUCAUGUCUAAGGUGAGAUCUUUUGCCUUUUUAAGACCAAGGUUUUAUAGUUGUAAAUAAUAUCAUAAUUUUUUCAGAUGGAUCCGACCAGUUUCCUGAUCUCGGCCGGUGAGUUCAUGCAAAGUGCCUACCGUUUCCGCGUGGGCCACUCCUCAAUGUCCUGUCGGAUGAGUGAAGAUCAACAGGGCCGUUCCUUCGAUGAAUUCAAUCUAGUGUUUUAUCGGAGAUGUAUAUGAAUGUAGUUUCUUUUACCAUGGGUCUUCUCGCUAUUAACACGCCACCCCAAACGCGUCUACUCUUGCUGGUAUCUCUUCUUUGUCUUAUAUAUAUGAUUGUUCAUUUUUUAUUUAUUUUACUGUAGUAUUGUUGUAUAUUUAAAUUUUUUAACAGUAUUCAAGGGAGUUUGAGAAAACAUUAAUUUUUUACGUGGUUGUUUAUUUUAUUGAUCGAGUUUUCAAAGUAUGGCUUAUGUAACGAGUUUGUUUUUAUUUUUUUUUCAAAGGAUUACUCAUUUUGGUCUAAUCAACAAAUUACAUCUCCCCAGUUACUGUAACUUCCCCCGACUUUAGUCCCCAUAAUAAUUGUUCAGAAUUUUCUUCCUAAAAAUAAAUAAUUCUAAUCCAAAAUUUGGUACUUUAUAAAUACGAAGAAAGUUCUGAACAAUUCCGGGCUGAUCACCUCCAGUUUUACAUCGGAAACAUGCGAUAUAAGGAGCCCAAAUGGUUUAAUUUCCUAUUAAUUGACCUUUGAAUUCGCGUCGUUCGUGUCCAGAAAUGAGAUUAUUACUUAUCGCGGCUUCUUUAAGAUCAAAAUAACGAUUAUCUGUUUUCAGAAAAAAGGAAAAAGAAUUAAGAAUUUUGUCAGGACUUGGCAACGUCGUUUAACGACAACCCAACGCUCUCUUUUCUCCAGAUUACACCCAACUCCCAUUGAUGGCUAGCCAAAGACCCCAUCAAUUCAAGGACGAGACCGGCUUCAGCGAUCCUUUGAGUGACUGCGACAACUUCAACUUGUUGCAGUUCAUCAACAGCAACGGCGACACUCCAGCUGACAGUCCCGCUCCCUUAUAUGGACAUCAAUUCCAUCAACAACCUACUCAACAGCAGCAGCAACAGUUCAUCUUGCAACAACAACAGCAACAACAGAUGCGACAAGUCCAGCAGCCGGUCUGUCUGGAUAAUGCCAUGUUGUCAGUCGGAUAUCCGCAAUCCGCUCAGUCCAGACUGCCCGACUCUCCUCCUAUAACCGAUAUCUCAGCUGGCGCUUCGAGUGGAUCUCCCAGUUCUGAUGCCCCCUAUUCUCCAGACCAAUAUGCCCAAUAUCAAUACCAACAACAGAGGCCCAACAACAACAUGUUAAACAAUCGAAUGGGACAGAUGCAUAUUCAAGAUCCUAAUAUGAUUCGUCAGCCUUUGCAUCAGACCCAGGUGUCUCCCAACUCUGAUUACAUGAGUUAUCCCUCACACACUCCUCCCGCUCAGCUUUCACCUCAACAACUUAAUCAACGAAACCAAAACUUCCUCCCUCAGCAGCAACACCUCGGGUAUACGAUGGACAUGUAUCUCAACGACAACGACGCGGCUGAGUACAAUGAGAUUAUGGAUACGAAUGCUCGUGCUGGCCAGAAGCGAAGAAGAUUCGAUGGAUUGGCCCAGAUCAAGAACGAGCAGAUCAUGCAUCCAGCUCAGACCCCAAUGCCCAUGGGACACAUGUUGAACUCGAGCUCGUCGUCUCCCCAUUCAGGGUCCGUGGAGGAGUUUGAUGAUGGCCCACAUCAUCGGACCAUCAGAUUCCAACCUUUUGAUCCCAACAAUUGGUCGCCGAUUUACGAUGAGAGACGCCAACCCAUGGCGCAUCCAAUCGUCAACGUCAUCGCUGACAAGGGCUUCAACUUUGUUCAACCAGACAAUUGUUUCGUCAAUCAGAAGAAGAACCAUUUCCAGAUUACUUGCCAUCUGGAUGUGAAGGAGCGCCCGGCCUAUAUUUGCCAUGAAAAACAAAUGAAGCCGAUUCGUCGCUUCAAGAUGGUCUUCUGUGGAGUCAAGUCCGAGAUGACCUCGAGCGAGAUCCCAAUCCGCCAAUCUCAGACCGACAGAAAACCGAUCAAGCACGAUGGAGAAGAGAUUAUUAUCGAGCCCCACAAAUUGGCCAAGAAGACCGUGCCAAGGCUCCAUUUCUCCGAGACUACCCUCAACAAUCACAGGAAGAGUGGAAAGCCAAAUCCAGAUCAAAAAUACUUUUUGCUGGUGGUCAAAUUUAUGGCUGAAGUUGAUAAUGGAUGCGUGAUGAUGCAAGGUUAUGCUUCUGAUCGCGUUAUUGUCCGAGCCUCGAAUCCUGGUCAAUUUGAGAAUCAGGAGAACGACCUGGGAUGGCAAAAGACAGGCAAUGUUCUCCAUUUCAACGGCCAAGUCGCUAUUGGAACCGAUCGGCCAAUGGAUAAUGCCCAACUCUCCGUAAUGGGAAACAUUGUGGCCACAGGAAGCACGACUAGGCCUUCUGACAGACGUGUGAAAGAAGACAUUGUGCCGGUCGAUACCAGAGAAGCGAUGGAAAGAAUCAACAAGAUGAGAAUCGUGGAAUACGCCUACAAACCGGAAUUGGCCGAACAAUGGGGACUUUCGGAAGCUGAUCGUCAUCGAGUGGGUGUCAUCGCUCAAGAAUUGGCUGAGGUCUUACCCGACGCCGUGAAGGAAAACGGAGAACUUUACACUGUGGAUGAGACCAGAAUCUUCUACGAAGGAUUUGCGGCAGCGCAAGAACUAAGUCGUCUUUAUGGCCAUCUCGAUGGUCGUGUGGACAAGGUUCAACAGAUCGCUGAACUCUUGGCCAAGGAUGCAAGACGACGUCGUCAUCUUGGCGCUUCAAUGGCUUCAGGCCUCUCUGGAUUGACCCAAUUGGUCGGAAAGGAGCAUGAAGACAAGAAACUCUCCGAAGACUCCAAAUUCCUCUCUCAAUCCCAGAUUUCCGUCGCGUCAUCAACUCCAUCAUUCGACGCUUCGGCAAGUCAGAUUGGAUCUGCCAGCCAGAUUGGAUAUAAAUAUCGAAAAUACAGAAAAGGAAAUAACCGAGACGCUCCAUUAUGCGGAUCCAAGAUGACACAAUGUACGAUGAUUGCACUCGUCUUUAUUAUGUCAUUAUGGUAAGUAAACUCUGAUUAUUUCUUCUUCUAAUAUCAAAACCUUCUUGAUAACGUUUUUUUAUUUCAGCCUUGUUACCAUGUGCACACUCUAUGUGUUGGACUGGUACAACCGAACAUACGUUUACACACCUCACUCCUUCCCCAGGAAUCCCCCAACAACCCCGCCAAUGCUCAUGGAUAACAUAAUUGAUCUGACGAACAAGGAAUGGUCUCCUCCGGACCAAACUCUCAUACAUCCAUUGCUAGCGACGUGUGCAGCCGGUGGAAUGCAUUGCCCCAUUUAUUGUUGCGCAUCUCCAUCCGUCUACAACAUGAGUGAACUGGAAGAUUCGGCGAUCGACAGCUUUGUUUCCUUGGCUAAUCCGGAUGGAAAAGUGAAAGAAAGAGCACCCGUGGUCAUCUCCAACGAUUCUGGAAAGCCGAAGCCAUUUGGAAAUGGAGUUCAGAUCAAGUUGACUGACCUGAACGUGACUUUGGAUGAGAGGUAUUGUGUGGAGGGCAGUUGUGUCCCCAGGAAAGGGCGGUACAACUUGUACAUCCCGGUGUCCGCCUACAUGCCGACCAUUUCUCUUCAUGUCAGCUUGAAGUAAGUUGAAUUUUCAGUUGUAACAUCAAUUUUAAUUGUGUUUUAUAUUUCAAUUUCAUUUUACAACACAUUAUUUCAGCGUGCCAAAGGGAAUGUUUGUGGAUAAUUGUGGAGCUCUCAAAGGAUUCAAGCACAAAUCUUGCGAAUUCGAGACGAAUGAAGAGGAAACGACAGCUCAGCCAGACAUGAUCAAGGUAAACUUUGGACCAGUCAAUGACCAAAUUCUGAUCUUUAAGCUAAUAUAACUCAAAUUUCAGAUCGAUUCGAUGACUUUCCAAAUCACAGCCGGUGAUUUCAUGCAAAGUGCGUACCGUUUCCGAGUUGGUCACUCUUCAAUGUCAUGCAAAAUGAGCGAAGAGCAACAAGGUCGCUCCUUCGAUGAAUUCAAUCUCGUUUUCUAUCGAAAAUGCAUCUAA